CUUGUAAGCUAUUGAAACUACUUCUCACCUCCUCAUGCGUGUGGUGAUGGAGUGCACAACAAACCCAAUGCUUUGGUACCCGUUUCGAUGAUUGGAAUUGCAGUACGGCGAAUCAAUGUCUCUACGAGGAUACUUUGCCAAUACAGCUUGCAUCUUGCAUUCUGCAUCACGUUUGCAGCUUGCACGGGAGUUACUUCCCAGGACUUGAGUAGUCGGGUCUCGAAUGUUGUAUGACCACCACGCUAGAGAAUCGAUGGGGGAAGCGAUAAUACGUGCUGCAUUAUGGGAGUCAAGAUGGCAUCAUACCUGAUGGUGAGGGGCUCUGUCGAAGAUAUAAAGACAGCCUUCCAUGUUCACUGUCAAAAGGUAUCCUCAACAACAAUCUCAAGACAAAGCAACAACAGCACCAUUCCCUCGCUCAUACACUAUCGUUUCACUAUCCCCCCAGACCACUCUCAAGAUGUUCUUCAACACCCAAGUCGCGGUUGCAGCUCUGCUCGCUUCCAGCUUCGCUGUCGCUCUGCCUUACGACACGUUCGCUCCCAGCAGUACUAGCUCCAAGGAGAUCAAGACGACUUCUUCCUCCGCCGGCUACGGUGGCUUCCCUACCCCUUCUUCCAGCACCUACGUAGAGACCACCACGAAGAAGACUGAGACCAAGACUUCCGAUACCAAGACUUACGAAACCAAGACUUCUGAAACUAAGAAGACUUCCGAAACCAAAACGUACGAAACCAAGACUUCGGAGACCAAGACUGCUCCUACUUCGAGCACCUACAGCAAGACGACUGAAACCAAGUCUACUCCGGUCACCUACCCAGUGACCACUUCCAAGACGAAGACUACUGAGACCAAGUCUACUGAAACCAAGAGUUCUUCAAAGUCGAGCAGCUCCAGCUACUCUAAGAGCAGCAGCUCAAGCUACUCCAAGUCUUCUUCGAGCACCGCAAAGACCACCGCAAAGACCACGCCUGUCACUUCUUGCAAGACUGAAUACGUCACUUCCACUUCCGUCGGCCAAAAGACCACAAUCACCUACACCGCAACUACGGUCUACGUCCCCUACCCAACCGUCUCCAGCUACACCAGCACUUCCAUCUACGUCUCCACCGGCUACACCACAAUCACCAAGCCCACAACCUCUACAAUCACCAAACCCGUGAUCACCGAAAAGACGUCCUACUCCACCUACGUGAUCACCACUUCCAAGCCCGUCGUCGUUACCGAAACCGGCUACGAAACCAAGACCGAAACCGGAGUCGCUACCGAGACCAAGCCGGUUGAAAAGACAGAGACUAAGACUGUGACUGAGGUCAAGACUAUUACUGUCAGCAAGCCUGAAGUUGAGAGCAAGACUAUUACUGUUACUGUGCCUUAUACUAGCGUCUACACUACCGGCAAGCAGGUUUGCAGCACCGUUCCUGCUAUCCCUACUUACGGCGGUGGCGGUUACUAAAGACUGCUGAUCUUUCGAGCCUUGCGCACUGAGGGAUGAGAUGAGAUGAGAUGGGAUGUUCAGGGUGUUUCUUUUGUCUGUCGAUUUGCACAAAACACACACACUCCUUAUAUUGUUGAUGAUGCUUUUUACUUUCGGAUUUUUCCUCUUCGAUUCUCCUUGAUGGAACUUUUUGACU